UUAAUUCAGCCAAUUGUCUUGGUACUGUUGGAUAUUACACCUAUGAUGGGUGUUCUUGGUGGAGUUGUCAUGGAGUUGAAAGAUUGUGCUUUUCCAGUAGUUACAGAAAUUGUUGCCACCGAUGAUUAUGAUACAGCUUUCAAGGAUGCUGAUGCAUGUAUGCUUGUUGGCGCAAUGCCGAGAAAAGAAGGCAUGGAAAGAAAAGAUCUGUUGGCAGCAAACGUAAAAAUAUUCAAAGGUCAAGGAGAAUCGUUGAAUAAGGUUGCUAAGAAAACGGUCAAGGUAAAAAUACUUAGUAUAUUGCGUACAAGUCAUGAUGCUGUCAAGAUGAACAAUUGGCUGAAAAACGAAUUUAUCUCUACUGUGCAGAAGCGUGGAGCAGCUGUCAUAGCAGCCAGGAAGCUUUCCAGUGCCAUGUCUGCAGCCAAUGCCACCUGUGACCACAUGAGAGAUUGGUGGUUUGGCACUAAGCCUGGUGAGUGGACAUCUAUGGCUGUUAUUUCCGACAAUAAUCCAUACAAUGUACCAGCAAAUCUUAUGUACUCGUUCCCUGUAGAAAUCAAGGAUGGGAAAUGGUCCAUUAAAGGCGGACUGGCUAUUGAUGAUUUUUCACAAGAAAAAAUGGACAUCACUGCCAAGGAGCUUGAAGAAGAGAGAGAUGCUGCCCUUGUUGUUGUUGGUGAUAAAAAAUGACCUCAUAAAUUGUAAUAAAGAUCUGCAGGAGAACAGAUCAUAAAUAUACUUCCUAUGUGUAGUCCUACUCUGUGUGAAAGUAACACUAUUGUGCUUUUAUUGAAUAUAAUACUUUAGCUUUAAUUUGUAUAUGUGAAUGUAUAAAUAACAAAAAUAAAUAGUGCUAAUUUCUGAAAAAAUCACACACUGCAAUUGAAGAAUUUAAUUCUAUCACAGAAAAUUAUUUCAACUGUUUCUAUACACAAAUUGUGCUUUAAUGAAAACAAGAUGGUUUGGUUAAUUUUUGUUUUUGUUUUCUGAGAGAUCACUGCUUUUUACAGAUUUUGAAAAAGAAAUUAACCUGGUGCUUAGUGAUAUAUACACAAAGAAUUCAAUAAAUGUAGGAAAUAAACA